AUGGAGCCGGUCAACAGGACAGAGGUGUCUGAGUUCUUUCUGAAAGGAUUUUCAGGCGACCCAGCUCUGCAGCACCUGCUCUUCCCUCUGUGCUCAGCCAUGUACCUGGUGACCCUGCUGGGGAACGCAGCCGUUGUGACGGUGAGCAUGCUGGACAUCCACCUGCACACACCCAUGCACUUCUUCCUGGGCAACCUCUCUAUCCUGGACAUCCGCUACACGUCCACCUUUGUGGCCCUGAUGCUGGCCCACCUCCUGUCCACCCAGAAGACCAUCUCCUUUCUUGGCUACGCGAUCCAGAUGUGUCUGAGCCUGUCCGCGGGCUCCACAGAGUGUCUGCUGCUCGCCAUCGUGGCGUACGACCGCUACCUGGCCAUCUGCUGGCCGCUCAGCUACCCUGUGCUGAUGAGCCGCCGGUUCUGCUUGCUGCUGGCAGCGGCUGCCUGGGCCCUCUGUCUCGUCAAGUCAGUGACUGGGACAGUCAUCGUCAUGAGUCUGCCUUUCUGUGGCCACCAUGUGGUCAGUCACUUCACCUGCGAGAGCCCGGCGGCGCUGCAGCUGGUGUGCGGUGACACUGUCAGUGUGGUCCUUCUCCUGGUGGGCGGCGCCCUGCUGCUGCCCGCGGCCCUGGCGUUCAUCCCCCUCUCCUACACGCUUACACUGGCCACCAUCCCAAGGGCGCCCCCAGUUGGCGGGCGCCGCAAAGCCUUCUCCACCUGCUCAGCACCCCUGGCUGUGGUGCUGCUUUUCUACAGCACCAUCAUCUUCAUGUACACGAAACCCAGGAGCAAGGAGGCCCGCGUCUCUGACGAGGUCUUCACCGUCCUCUACGCUGUGCUCACGCCCAUGCUGAACCCCGUCAUCUACAGCCGGAGGAACAAGGAGGUGAAGGAGGCCACCAGGAAGGUGUGGGGCAGGAGAUGGCCCUCCAGGUGA